AUGGCACGACAACAUAUCGCAGUCGCCCUAGCGGCCGCGACCUUCGCCCUACUCAUCAUCCAUCAGCUUACCCAGAGCUUCGGCCUUCCCCGGCUGGAUUAUUGGCAUUGGAAGAGCGAGGGCACUGAGCAUGGCCAAACUGCAUUACAGCAACCCAUCUCUCGGAUGGACGGACUGAGGAACCAUGCGCUGGAAGGCGAUCAGUACCUGCUUGGUGUGGGCAAAGCAGACAUCACUGGACCGGUGGUGGAGCUCAAUCUGAUGGGCUACGCCAACACGAGCCAGAUCGGAUCAGGCCUUCGCCAGCGUCUCUAUUCGCGUGCUUUCAUUGUCGGCUCCCCCACCGACCCUUCUGCUCGCUUCGUGUACCUCGUACUCGACACCCAGUCCGGCGAUACCGCAGUCAGACAUGGCAUCCUGGAAGGCCUGACCUCUAUGGGCUCUGAGUACUCAGUGUACCAAAGAAGCAAUGUUGCAGUUACAGGCACACAUAGUCAUUCGGGGCCUGGGGCGUGGCUGAAUUAUCUAUUACCACAGAUCACCAGCAGAGGCUUCUCCAAGCAGUCAUACCAGGCGAUCGUGGAUGGCGCUCUCCUCAGCAUCCGGCGCGCCCACGAGGGUCUUACUGAGGGUCGCCUCGCCAUCGGAGCUACCGUCAUCAAGGAUGCAAAUAUCAACAGAAGCCUCUACGCUUACCUCGCGAAUCCUGCCUCCGAGCGUGAGAGAUACGUCGACGACGUCGACAAGAACAUGACAUUGUUGAGGUUCACUAGGGAGAACGACGGCAGAGACAUCGCCAUCUUGACUUGGUUUCCUGUCCACGGUACCAGCAUGCUCGGCAACAACACCCUGAUUACAGGAGACAACAAGGGCGUAGCCGCCUAUCUCUUCGAGAAAGACAUGGAAGAGAGUGAUACCGUGGCACCUGGAUUUGUGGCGGGCUUCAGCCAGGCUAACGUCGGAGAUACCACACCCAACGUUCUGGGAGCUUACUGCGAGUGGGGACCAGAUGAAGGCAAAGAAUGCCGACUGGAAGACAGCACAUGCAACAACUCCUCACAGCCUUGCCAUGGCCGCGGACCAUUCUUUGGCUUGGACGACCACGGCACGAAAUCCUGUUACGAGAUCGGCCAUCGCCAGUACGCUGGCGCCAAAGACCUCCACUCUCGCAUGUCAUCCUCUUCUACAAAGGGAAUGCCGGUGACAGGUCCGACAAUAUCAAGCUUCCAUGUCUUUCGCGACUUUUCCAAUUACACCUUCACGUUGCCCAACGGAACAGAAGUCCGCACGUGCUCUGCCGCUCUCGGUUACUCCUUUGCAGCCGGUACGUCUGAUGGACCUGGCGCCUUUGACUUCCGCCAAAACACGACGCAUGAGGGCGAAAAGAACCCCGUGUGGGCCGUUGUUGGAGGCCUGCUGCAUCCGCCAACGGAAGAGCAGAGGCGAUGCCAGGGCGAGAAGGCAAUAUUGCUCGACGUAGGCGAGAGCAAGAUGCCGUAUGAAUGGAGCCCGAACAUCGUUGACAUCCAAGUUUUGCGCGUCGGCCAGCUCCUCAUCAUCGUAAGCCCAGGAGAAGCCACCACCAUGGCAGGGCGGCGAUGGAGAGAAGCCAUCGCUCGACAAGCCAAAGCCCUCGGCCUUCUCGUUACUGAUCCCGGAAACGCAGAGCAGGAUCCUGUUGUUGUCCUGAGUGGCCCAGCUAACACGUAUACUCACUACACCGCCACGCGGGAAGAGUACGCUGUGCAGCGGUACGAGGGCGCGUCAACGCUCUACGGCCCGUACACCCUAGAUGCUUACAUAAAUGCGACCGCUUCUCUCCUACCAUACCUUUCGCCGGCGCUAUCGGGAGAUCUGCCCGCGUUGGAGAAAGGCCCCGACCCUCAGAUUAACACCAACCGCUCUCUCUCCUUCAUACGCGGCGUCGUUCUGGACUCGACACCCUGGUGGAAGAAGUUUGGAGAUGUGGUGGCAGAUGUGGAGAGAAGUUACAGCCGCGGACAGACGGUCAAAGCGACAUUCCAGGCGGCGAAUCCGAGGAACAACCUCCGGCUGGAGGGGACCUAUGUCGCCAUUGAGCUCUUCGAUCCAGAGACAAAGAGUUGGCAGAUGCACAGGGAUGAUGAGGACUGGGACCUAUGGUUCCGCUGGAGGAGGACAAGCACGCCUUUGGGGUGGAGCGAGGUCGAUGUAUUUUGGGAGACUGAUCAGGAGACCGAGGCGGGGAGGUACAGAAUCAGGUACUUUGGAGAUUCCAGGGCUCUGAGCGGUACCAUCACACCGUUCGAGGGGGCGAGUGGGAUCUUUGAUGUGGUGUGA